AUGCCAUCACUUCAUGAGGACUAUACAAUGGCACUAUAUAGAAUUGGUACUAUUGUCAUAGAAACUAGUCGUGUUGAUGGAUUUCGUAAUGAAUUGUCUCCAAUAGCUGUUCCACUAGGUACGUUAUUUGAACGUUCGAAAAAAAAGAAACCACGAUUAUCUGUCGACAGUUCGAGCAAAAGAAAACCAACGUGCGGAUUCGAUAACGAACAACAGGAUACGAAUGACCUUAUUUCUACAGAAUCUAAUGGUGGUCCGCGUCGUGUAAUUGUCUGGACAAAUUUCGUAUUUCAGAUCAUUCAAGUAUUUGUAGAGGCUAUAAUGCGUGUCAUAAAUUGGUUCAAAUCAUUUUGUAAUGGACGCCAACCAGCACCAAAUAGCGCACCGCAAUAUAACAGUAGUAUUGAUGGUGUCGAUGACAUUGAUUGGGAUGAGGAAAUAUAUCAAAGAUUUCUUUUUGAAGAAUUCGACGAACGUGACGAUGAAGAUGACGACUUUACAAAUGUAAAAGAUGAAGAUUCUGUAGACGAAGAUUCAGACCAAGAUGAGACUACCAUUCCUGGCGAUGAACUUCUACUAUUAGGAAAUGAUUUAAGAGAGCAUGAAGAACAGCAACCAUCGACAUCAUUCGCUUCUACAUCUACUGUUCUACCUACAUCAUCAGCUUCAACAUCGAAUAUUUUGUCAACAAUGCAAUCUAUUCUUACACAUUUGAUGUAUUCCACACCUCUUACUCGUACACAAUAUCGACGGCUCACGCAGAACAGUAUGUCAUCUACGCCUGACGAGUCUGCCGCACUGUUGUCACUGAUUCAUGAAAGGCGAGUACCAUGCGAGUUAACGUCCCAACCUAUUACAGACCGUGUUUGUGUUGUUUGUCAUGGGGAAGCUCUGUCGUGA